AUGAAGAUCUUCUACUCAGGAGGUAGGCUGACACAGCUUUAUCGGAACCGAAUACAGUUCCGAAGAUCAUCGACGGACGUGCGGACGAUCAAAAAAGUUCUAGUCGCGAACCGAGGCGAAAUAGCAAUCCGAGUGUUCAGAGCAUGUACCGAGAUGGGAAUACGCUCUGUUGCGGUGUACUCCGAGCAGGACAAGAUGCAUAUGCAUCGACAGAAAGCUGACGAGUCCUACCUGAUAGGCAAGGGACUGCCUCCGGUACAGGCGUACUUGAACAUUCCCGAGUACAUCCGAAUCGCUAAAGAGAAUGACGUGGACGCAAUUCAUCCAGGAUACGGUUUUCUCUCCGAGCGCGCGGACUUCGCUGACGCCUGUAUCAAAGCCGGGGUGCGAUUCAUCGGACCGUCGCCCAAAGUCAUGGCACAGAUGGGAGACAAAAUAGCCGCUCGUAAAUGUGCCAUAGAAUGUGGAGUGGCUGUGAUCCCGGGAACAGAUGCUCCGCUGCAGGACGUCGAACAAGCUUACGAAUUCUGUCAGACGCAUGGUUUGCCAGUGAUGCUGAAGGCCGCCUACGGAGGGGGAGGCCGAGGGAUGAGGGUGGUCCGGACUCUCGAUGAGGUGCGCGAAAACUUCAGUCGUGCGGUCUCCGAAGCGAAAAGCGCUUUCGGUAAUGGCGAUAUGUUCAUCGAGAGAUUCAUCGAACACCCUCGUCACAUCGAAGUGCAGAUGCUCGGUGACAAAGCCGGUGAAGUCGUUCAUUUGUACGAGAGGGAUUGCUCAGUUCAGAGGCGACAUCAAAAAGUCAUCGAAAUCGCCCCCGCUCUCAAUAUACCCGAACACGUACGGAAGGCGAUGCACGAGGACGCCAUCAAGCUGUGCAAACAUGUGGGAUACGUCAACGCGGGGACAGUCGAAUUCCUGCUCGACGAGGACGGACGUCAUUACUUUAUCGAAGUCAACGCUCGCCUGCAGGUGGAGCAUACGAUCACGGAAGAGGUCACCGGUGUCGAUCUCGUACAAUCACAGAUUGAAAUAGCCAGCGGAAAGACAUUAGCCGACCUGGGCCUCCUACAGGAAAACAUAAAAGCGCAGGGAUGCGCAAUCCAGUGUCGAGUCACGACAGAGGAUCCUGCAAAGAGUUUUCAGCCGGAUUGCGGCAGGAUCGAAGUUUUUCGGAGCGGUGAGGGUUUCGGCAUCCGACUCGAUGGAGCGUCGGCUUUCGCGGGUGCCAUAAUUUCGCCUUAUUACGAUUCGCUCCUGGUGAAGGUGAUUUCUCACGCGAGCACAAUGAAAUCUUCGUCGAGUAAAAUGGAACGCGCGCUCCGAGAGUUCCGGGUCCGAGGUGUGAAAACUAACAUCCCAUUCUUGUUGAACGUCUUCCAAAAUCCCACCUUCCUCGGCGGGAAGUUCGAUACGAAUUUCAUCGACCAGCACCCAGAGCUGUUUCAACUUGCGCCCACCCAAAACCGAGCCCAGAAGCUUCUCUACUAUCUCGGGACCGUCACGGUCAACGGUCCUCAGACCCCUUUGGCCACGGGUCUGAAGCCCGCUACGAUCAAGCCCAUCGUCCCAGACCAUGAUGGUACGGUUAAGCCCCCUCGAGGAUUCAAGGAUAUUCUCGACAGAGACGGACCCGAGGGUUUUGCGAAAGCCGUGCGCCGUCACAACGGUCUGCUCCUGAUGGACACGACUUUUCGGGAUGCGCACCAAUCUCUCUUGGCAACUCGGGUCCGAACCAUCGAUCUUUUGAAAAUCUCCCCGUUCGUAGCGAAUAAAUUCAGCGAUUUCUACAGCUUAGAAAAUUGGGGUGGCGCCACAUUUGACGUCGCAAUGCGUUUCCUGCACGAGUGUCCUUGGGAGCGUCUGGAGGAAAUGCGCAAACUCAUCCCGAACAUCCCGUUCCAAAUGCUGCUCCGAGGGGCUAACGCGGUCGGUUACACCUCGUAUCCCGAUAACGCUGUCUACGAAUUCUGCAAAGUUGCUAAGAACUCCGGAAUGGAUAUUUUCCGAGUUUUCGACUCGCUCAACUAUCUGCCGAACAUGAUGCUCGGAAUCGAUGCCGUGGGCAAAGCCGGCGGAGUCGUCGAAGCCGCCAUUUCCUACACCGGAGACGUAUCCAACCCUGAAAAGACAAAGUACAACCUAGAAUAUUAUCUCAAACUCGCCGACGAGCUGAUAAGGGCGGGCUCCCACGUUCUCUGUAUCAAGGACAUGGCUGGUCUUCUCAAACCUGAAGCGUGUCGAAUCCUCAUCGGAGCCUUGCGAGAACGACAUCCCACAGUUCCCAUCCACGUUCACACACACGACACGGCCGGGGUGGGCGUCGCAUCGAUGGUCGCUUGCGCUGAGUCGGGAGCCGACGUUGUCGACGUCGCCGUUGACUCCAUGUCGGGCAUUACGUCGCAGCCUACUAUGGGAGGUCUGGUAGCAUGCCUCCAGCAUACUUCUCAUGAUACCAAGCUGAACCUGCAGGACAUCAGUCAAUAUUCUGCAUACUGGGAACAGACUCGGACUCUGUACGCGCCUUUCGAAUGCACGUCUACGAUGAAAUCCGGAAACGCCGACGUCUACGAGAACGAGAUCCCGGGUGGACAGUACACAAAUCUGCAGUUCCAAGCCUUCAGUUUGGGAUUGGGAGAGCAUUUCGAAAAAAUCAAGAAAGCCUACACCGAAGCCAACCAGCUUCUUGGUGAUAUCAUCAAAGUGACGCCAUCGUCGAAGGUCGUUGGGGAUCUCGCUCAAUUCAUGGUGCAGAACCACCUGAAACCUCAAGACAUCCUCGACAGAGCCGAAGAACUGAGUUUUCCGACAUCAGUCGUAGAAUUCAUGCAAGGAUACAUCGGGCAACCUCAUGGUGGAUUCCCCGAGCCUCUCCGUUCGAAAAUUCUCAAAGAUACGCACCGCAUUGAAGGCCGUCCCGGUGAAAGUCUUCCCGAUCUAGAUUUAGAGGCGCUCAAGACUAAGAUCCAGGAGCAAUUUCCCAACUACAAAAUAAGCGAGAGUGACGUCAUGUCGGCUGCCAUGUACCCGAAAGUGUUCGAAGACUUCGCCCUCUUCCGCAAGACUUACGGACCCGUCGACAAGUUGGAAACCCGGAUAUUCCUCGAGGGUCCGAAGGUCGGUGAGGAGUUCGAUGUCGUGAUCGAGCGCGGAAAAACCCUCCACAUCAAAAUGCUCGCGGUGUCGGCCAACGUGACCCCCAAGGGGGAACGCGAGGUUUUCUUCGAGCUGAAUGGUCAGCUUCGUUCGGUGCUCGUGGUCGAUAAAACUUUAGCUGAAGAGAUUGUUUCGCAUCCGAAAGCCGAUAAAUCGAACAAAGGGAGCGUCGGUGCUCCGAUGCCAGGAUCUGUGAUAGACAUUCGAGUGGAGGUUGGAGACGUCGUGAAGAAAGGGGAUCCCCUGGUGGUGCUGAGUGCUAUGAAAAUGGAAAUGGUGGUCCAAGCUUCGGUGGCCGGUAAAGUUAAGAACGUCGCGGUUACGAAGGAUAUGAAACUUCAAGGAGAAGACCUACUCGUGGAGAUCGACCCGAGUGAGUGAUGGGAGAGAAUCGCCCUAUUCUCCUUCUGAGAUUGAGAGACUGAUAUGAUUUCAUAGGACCGUAGAGUUUUCCUCUUCCCGUCGCUGCCGUUCGCCUCCGUUCGAGGCGUCACCAAGCCAAGCGCAUAUGACUUGUUUCCAUCUUCGAGACCCUUAAACGUCUAGAAAGCUCAGAGAACCCUCAUUUGUCCGAGGUCUAGAAAAACCCGACCCACUCGGAGAGUUUCCCCCCAGCGGAGCAGUGCCUUGCAUCGCGUGGUUUCGCGGUAGAACACGGGAACCUUCUUCCGAUACAUCGUAUGAUGCGUUUAAGAGUGUAUUCAUUUCGAUUUGGUGUGUUAUGGAACUCCACGUGUAUAACGAAGCAGACCUGGCCUGUGGGGAACUCACACGAAGGGAAGACUUAUACGCCGGAAAUCAUGACACGUGACUACGGUGAAAUUUAUUAUCCCGGGGGAUUAUUGCUCGAAUUGAGCCAGUGUUCAAUGACUAUGCUCAA